AUGGCUCCUGAACUUAAACUUCCAGUUUCCUCGCAUUUCACUGGACGUCUUACCUAUCGGGGUACAGAUAGGUUCAGAUAUAUCAAGGCCAAGUUUACUGAGAUGGAUUUGGUUGACACAGUAAAGGUUAGUCCUUUCGGACACUUUUGGGAAGCUGGAGAGUUGACUUUCUCCGGCGCGUUGGUCCACAGCCUCCUCUUACGAAAAAUGAAAGUGGACACAGAAAAGGAGGAUGAGGUUUGGUUUCAUGUAGGGAGAAAUGACAUGAGAUUCGGACGGAUAGAGUUUGGACUCAUUACUGGCUUACCUAUGGGUAGUGCCCCUACAGACGAGGAAAUACACGCUAAGUCCAACGACCAUCUAGUUCGGACUUAUUUUGAAGGGAAGAGUUCUGUUCAGUUGGACUCCCUUAUGCUCCAACUUGAGAGGUGCGAAGAUAAAGAAGAUGCCUACAAGCUUGGACUGAUCGCUUUCAUUGAAGGUGUAUUAGUAUCAAAGGAGGGCAAUGUCCAAGUUUGGCCUGAGAUGUUGAAGUUUGUUAACGAUCUCGAAUUCUUCUUUAAGUAUCCGUGGGGCGAGCGCGCUUUUCGUAAGCUGAUGGAGACAUUAGGAAAAAAUAUGCAACAUUACAAGGAUAAUGUUGACAAGAAGAAGGGGAAGAAGAUUGCUCAGGAGGCAAAGUACACUGUUAGUGGCUAUGUACCUGCCUUUCAGUACUGGGCAUACGAAGCAAUUGAGAAGUUGGGGAAGAAGUAUGCCCACUGCAACGGGACCAAGUUCCCCAGAAUGUUGAGCUGGAAAACACCGGAGGGCCAGCGGAAACAAGAUGUCAAGGCAACCGACAUUGCACUGUUGUUCAACAGUCGGUUGGUGGUGAAGAAGUGCUUGUUUCCCCGGCCCAGUGAAGAGGCAUACUUCAAGAGUAUUAAUGAGGGUAAAGCCCCUCUUUGCUUUGAGAUAGAUGUGGAACAAACGGUGGACGUUGAUGGUACACAGGAGUCUGUGUUUGAAACUCAAGCGAAGACCAUCAACGAGGCCGUCACAAAGGCAAAUUUAGUUCCACCACCACCGGCACCUGAAGUACACGAGCCAUCUACUUCAGCAGGUCCUUCUGCUCCAACCAGUACAACCGUGGACACUGACCUUGCAAAGAGGUUGGAUAGCAUUGAGGCCCGGCUGGAGAAGCUUGAGUCCCAGCAGGAAGCCGUCAUGUUGGCACAGACGGGGUUAGUAAAUAGCCAUCUCAGUAUGAGGCGGUCCUUCACGGAGAGUCAGAAAGAUCUGAAGGAGACUCUACUGGCUAAAAUGGACGAGUUGAUGGCAAUGGUAAAAGGAGCGCCCACACCUGGAGAGCCCACACCUGCACCGCAAAAUGAGGAACAAAUGGAGAGUGAUAACGAAGAUGUCUUCCCAGAAGAUUGGGAAGCAGAUGAUAACGAGGCACCGUCAACUCCAUUGGAAGCAAUUAUCACGGCCAUUGGUGAUACACAAUCACAGGACAAAGUCCUACUUCUACCUGGAUCCCCAGAAAAUGUGCCAUUUGUGAGGAAGAGGAAGCCGCCAAAGUACUUGAAUGACUACACUGCGGAAAAGAAAAAGAGGCGAGUUCUUCUAGAGAACGUAGACCCGGAAAGACCAGCAGACCGUAGAUUGCUUCGUACGUUCAAGAGGUGGUUGAUUGGAGACAUUCCCAAUGCCCGACCUAGGAAUGUGCACACCGGUGUUGGCGAUGUCAAGUUCUUCACAACAUUGUUUCUAAAGGGGGAGUGGCUUCAAGAUGAUCACAUAGAUGCCAUAUCACACUUGAUGAGGAGGAGACGCCUUCAUUUUCCAGAGUUGUACCCUCAGCCAGGUGUGAUUUUGGACACAACACUUCCACAAUUCCUCAUAGGCAUUUGGGGCUGCGAGACUGGUGACAGAAGUACGUUUGAAUGGCUAGAUGCAGUGAACCAGUACUAUCUGGGUAUGGAGAGCUGA